UGGUAUCAUAUUUCUUCUUAUUCUGAAAUCAUACGGACCCUAGACUUUGUAGCAAAAGCAGUGAUCCCAGAAACAAACGUUAAACGUUAUAGCAGAAGCCACACCACAUAACAGAGGUCAGGAUUGAAUUGAUUUAUAGGAUUAAUUACAUGAUGAGAAUGAGAUGAAGUUAAUAUGAAGUACUAUCCUAUCACCACAAACAACCACUACCAACAAGACUCUCUUCAUCUCCUUCCCCACUCUUCAAUUCAUGGCCUCACUAAGACUCUCCAUUUCUCUUGACGCUUUCGAUUUAAACCCUUCAAAUGCAAUCCCAACCCGCGCUUCCAACUCUCACCUUCGCGCUUCCAAUAAAACACUACACAGCCCAAACAAGCCACAAAUCAAAACCGACUUAAAAUUCACCCACGCCUCAAUUCGUUCACUAACCAAAAAACAUGACUGGGAAGCCGCUGAGAAACUGGUUCGGGAAAUGAUCCUAGGUUCGGAACCUCUAACUUAUCACGUUUUCAACACAGUCAUCUACACUUGUUCCAAACGCGGAUUAGUCAAAUUAAGUUCCAAAUGGUUCCACAUGAUGUUAGAUCACGGCGUUAAACCCAAUACGGCGACGUUUGGGAUGUUAAUGCGGCUUUACCAAAAGGGUUUAAACAUGGAAGAAGCGGAAUUUACUAUGUCACAAAUGAAAUUAUUUGGGAUAGUUUGCGAAUCCGCUUAUUCUUCUAUGAUAACGAUUUAUAACCGUUUAGGGUUAUUCGAAAAAGCUGAAGGUGUAAUUGAGUUGAUGAAGAAGGAAGCUAUGGUUUUGAAUCUUGAAAAUUGGUUGGUGAUUUUGAAUACUUAUUGUCAACAAGGGAAAAUGGCAGAUGCGGAACGAGUUUUAGUAACAAUGGAAGAGGAAGCUAGGUUUUGUUGUGAUAAUAUUGUUGUUUAUAAUACUAUGAUAACUGGUUAUGGUAAGGCGUCGAAUAUGGAUUGCGCCGAGAGUUUGUUUUUGAGUUUGAGAAUUGAGCCUGAUGAAACUAGUUACCGAUCAAUGAUUGAGGGUUGGGGUAGAGCUGAUAAUUAUGAAAAGGCUAGGUGGUAUUAUGAGGAGUUGAAGAGGUUAGGGUAUAAGCCGAGUUCGUCUAAUUUGUAUACAAUGAUUAAGUUGCAAGCGAACGAGGGAGAUUUGGAAGGUGUGGUUGGAACACUUGAUGAUAUGGUGAGAUGUGGAUGCCAUUAUUCUUCUAUAAUUGGUACUCUUGUGAGUGUUUUUGAGAGGGUUGGGAAGGUUCAUGAGUUGCCGAGUUUGAUCAAAGGUUCGUUUUAUCAGCACAUUCUGGUUAAUCAGAGCUGUUGCUCGACUGUGGUUAUGGCGUAUGUGAAGCAUAAAUUGGUGGAUGAUGCAAUUAGAGUGUUAAGUGAUAAGAAGUGGAAGGAUUCGAGGUACGAGGAUAAUUUGUAUCAUCUAUUAAUAUGUUCUUGUAGAGAGGCGGGUUUGCUUGAGGAUGCUGUUGGAAUAUAUAAGAAGAUGCCGAAAAGUAAUGAUGAGAAGAAGCUCAACAAGCACAUUGUUUGCACAAUGAUUGAUAUUUAUAGUGUAAUGGGGCUCUUCAAAGAUGCAGAGAUUUUGUAUUUUAAGCUGAAGAAUUCUUCUUCACCACAUCAUUCCUUGGAUAUGAUUGCAUUUAGCGUUGUUGUGAGGAUGUACGUUCGAGCUGGAUCUUUGAAAGAUGCUUGUUCUGUUUUGGAUGAUAUUGAGAAGCGGCCUGAUAUUGAUCCGGACGUGUUUUUGUUGCGUGAUAUGUUAAGGAUUUAUCAGAGAUGUAACAUGUUGGAUAAGUUAGCACAAGUGUAUUACAAGAUCUCAAAAGAUCGGGUGAAUUGGGACCAGGAACUUUAUAAUUGUGUCAUAAACUGUUGUGCUCCGGCUCUGCCUGUAGACGAGCUUUCAAGGCUUUUUGAUGAGAUGCUGAAGCGAGGAUUUGUUCCCAACACGAUUACCUAUAAUGUCGUGCUAAACGUUUUCGGGAAAGCGAAGCUUUUCAAGAAGGUUAAGAGGUUGUACUAUAUGGCUAAGAAACAAGGCCUUGUUGAUGUCAUCACUUACAAUACUAUAAUAGCUGCUUAUGGUAAAAAUAAGGACUUCAACAACAUGUCAUCAACUGUUCACAAGAUGCAAUUUGAUGGAUUCUCGGUUUCGCUUGAAUCGUACAAUUCAAUGCUGGAUGCUUACGGAAAAGACGGCCAAAUGGACACAUUUAGAUCUGUGCUACAAAUGAUGAAGGAAUCAAAUUGUGCCUCUGACCACUACACAUACAACACCGUGAUCAAUAUCUAUGGGGAACAAGGAUGGAUUGAUGAAGUCGCCGAUGUGCUUGCGAAAUUGAAUGAAUGUGGACUCCGACCUGAUUUGUGCAGCUAUAACACAUUGAUCAAGGCAUAUGGAAUAGCAGGAAUGGUUGAAGCAGCUGUAGACUUGAUCAAGGAAAUGAGAAAAAAUGGAAUAGAACCUGACCGGAAAACCUAUUCCAAUCUUGUCACUGCAUUGAAGCGAAAUGAUAAGUAUUUAGAAGCUGUUAAAUGGUCAUUAUGGAUGAAGCAGUUGGAAUUAUGAAUUUCAUAAACCUAUGACAAUUUGUAAAUGGUCUUGGAUUUUCCAAACCCUGUUACUUUGAAGAAUAGCUUUUCCUUAGAGUCCUACAUAAGUAUAGUCACUGACAUUUAACUUUGUAAAAUUUUUCUGUAUAUUCUGAGAAAUAAGAGAAUUAAAAUUCUGUAUACUAUAUGUGUUGUUGCACAGGAAGUUCAUUUCUUUAUUUGCUGUCUAGUCAGUACUUUGUCAUGGCAGAAAUUAUGAUUUGGCGAUUGUAAAUUCUGAAUCCGAGUUGAAGUCCAGGUUUUUCGAAGGAACAACUGUAUAGGAUAUUGAUUUUAAAUAAGCAAUGAAAAUAUGAUGGAGUUUUCUCA